AUGAAAACUCUCACGAUUUCGAAGGUCUCCAUCGAUGCGGAUGGCAAGGUUUCAGCUGUGGAGUCGCAAGAGCUGCAGGCGCUGGUCACGCUUCUGGCCUCUGGUGGCUCCUGCGACACCCUGCUGCGCAACAUCUAUCAGCAGGCCUGGCCGCCCUUUGCUUUGAACUCGGCGCAGGCGGCCGUCUGCUUCGAGGCAUGGCAGACGCGACCGUGGCGCACCGAGGCUUCUGCCGGCCUCCAGCUGCUGGAUGGGGCCAUCCUGACACCCCUCUUGACGUCACUGGUUGUAGCUCUUCGUGCCGAAGGUUCUUCCUUGGUCGGAGAGAAGACGAUCUCCAUGGAGCCACGGUGGACAAAGACUCUCGAUGGGCUCCUGAGUGAGACACUUGGAGUGGGCUCCUGCAACGAGCAAGGUGUUCUGCAAAUCACAGCUCCCGGAGCCUUGGCGCUUCAGCGUGCCCUGGCUCAUCUUGGAGUUUCCGACCUUGACACAAAGCAGGCACUGCUGUAA